AUGUACGAAAAGCUUGAGUAUAAAUAUUCCGACCAUACGUGUAUUUCUCGACAAAAUCUCAGCCAAGUGACAAUGUUCAGCAGAUCGCUUCUUGCGGUGGCGGCACUGGUCGUCGCUCAGGGUCUUCCAGGUCUUGGGAGAGUGCUGAGUGAGCAAGAAACAGUCCGAGUCACAACAUCUGAAAACGUUCGACGUGGUGAGCUGGCCAACAUCCAUUUAGAUUGGCAUGAACGACCAUCAAGUGGCAUCAAAGCCAUUUACACAUCGUGUGAUGGACAAAAUACGACCAAAAGCGUGCAGACCAUUGGCCGCUACGCGAGUGACGGCGAGCCUCCUCAAAGACUAGCCUGGGCGGUGCCAGAUCAUGCCACGACACAGCAAUGCAUCUAUAUCCUUGCAGCUGAUGAAAGAUCUGCAUCGCCCAAAGUCUUGGGGAAAAGCAGUCCAAUUUCCCUGCAACAGUCACCCAAAAAGCGAUCGACAGCAGAUUCCAACAUUCCACUCUUGAAAGAUUUCGAUUCUCUCGGAACAUGGUUCGAUGGAGUGGCCAAAAUCAAAGAGAAAGUGAAGCAAGGAAGAGGAGUGGCUUCGAAAGGUUCACCCAAAAAUGCCUCGAUCGCCAUUGUGGGCGGUGGAAUUUCCGGACUCGCCACAGGUUUGAUGCUCGACAGUGUGGGUGUGCACAAUUGGGAAAUCAUUGAAGCCAGUGAUCGUGUGGGAGGCAGAUUCCGAACGAAAUAUGUCGCAGACACGCAGGAAUGGGCUGAGAUGGGACCCAUGAGACUUCCCUAUUCGGUCACCUACAAGAACGACAACGAAACACUUCUGUACACCGACCAUCAGUUGACCUUUCAAAUGGCCGAAAUUUUGAACACGAUGAAUAAGAACGAAUCGCAGUGGAAAAUCGAUUUCAUCCCUUGGAUCCAGCACAGCCCCAAUGAAAUGAUUGCCCAAGGAACUCGCCGACACCCAGACGGAAGAAUCCCAACUCGUGCUGAGAUCGAGGAUGAUCCAAGCUUGGAAGAUGCGCCUGCGAUGACGACGACUGAGUAUAGUAAUACCGAAGCAAAGAUGGACAAAAUCCUGAAGGACGAAGCGACUCUCAAAUCGAUCCAAAGGAAUGUCUGGAGAGCCCACAAGACCGCCAUGGAGCAGGGACUUGACGACUGGAGCGAACAAGCAAUGAUGCGUCACGUCUUCAAGGCCAGUGAGAAUGUCACUGACGAGAUCUGGACAUCAUCCGACUACGAUAUCUUCUGGGAUGAACUGCAUCAUAACUCGAACCUUGGUCUGGAUGGAAGCAAAGGCAGCAUGGGAGAAACACAGUGGGUGUGUAUCGACGGAGGAUUCAAUCGACUAUCGGAUGCAUUCCUCCCUCAUGUCCAAGACAGACUCACCCUGAACCGGAAAAUCAGGAAGUUGGAGCCUAUCCAGGACAAAGAUGGAAACACCCGGACUCGACUGUCAUGGUACCCCAGUGUCUCAAAUCGGACAUACGAAUCGAAAGAAUACGACUACACAAUCAUGGCUGCACCUUUCACCAUGACCCGAUUCAUGGACUUACCCAAGUUCUCUUCCGUCCUGGACCGAGCAAUCAGCGAAGCAGGUCUGCGCUUCAAGUCCGCAUGCAAAGUCGCACUACUUUUCUCUGAACGGUUCUGGGAAAAGGGCGACCGCCCCAUUUUCGGCGGUUACUCCAAACCAGAGAGCAACUCCGUCGGCGCAUUGUAUUACCCAGUAUAUGGGCUCAACGAGUCACGUCCAGGGUUGAUCAUGCAUUACCGAGGUGGAGACUGGAGCGAUCGCUUUGUGAGUUUCUCAGACGAGGAGCACGUACAAACCGUACUAGAUGCCGUCGUUAGUCUGCAUGGUGAACAAGCGCGGGACUUGUACACGGGCGACUACGAGCGCCUUUGCUGGCUUCAGGAUGAGCAUACUGCGACUUCUUGGUGCCGGCCUGAUGUUGAGCAGCACAAGCUCUAUAUUCCGGCUUACCAUCAGACUGAGCACAACACAAUUUUCAUUGGAGAGCAUACUGCGCCAACACAUGCUUGGGUCAGUUCGUCACUGCAUUCUUCAAUUCGUGGGUCUAUUCAAUUACUGUUGGAGCUCGGUUUGGUUGAUGAAGCAAAGGAACUUAAUCAGAAGUGGAUGGGAAGAUGGAUCAAGCUGUGA